AUGAGUAUAUGUGUUCAAGCUCAGAGCAUAAUACCGUCUGGAUCUUGUGUCUCCCCACAAAUUCACAAGGAAUGGCGUGAACUAUCUCAACAGGAACAACAGGCAUAUCUUGCUGCUGUACAAUGCCUUCGCCAAACUCCUUCUCGAUUGGCUAAAAUCAAUACUCCGACGUCUGAUCAUCAUGUACCAAGCACGUCGGUGUACAAUGAUUUGGUUUGGGUGCACAUGCAAGUCAUGAACUCGGCUCAUAUGACUGCUGCGUUUCUACCAUGGCAUCGUUUAUUCUUGGCCGUGCAUGACAACAUCAUAAGGGUUGAUUGCAAAUACUCGGGCCCAUUACCAUAUUGGGACUGGUCUGUUGAUUCACAAGCACCUGAAUUGUCGCCUAUUUGGAAUUCAAAUGCUUUUGGUGGAAAUGGGAAUAUUGAUACACGUUGCAUAUCGACUGGUCUGAUUGCUCAAACUCGAGCCCAGUUUCCAACUCCACAUUGCAUCUAUCGACAGUGGAGACUUGGACCACAGGAGUUUGAGGGUCAACAAGGCGGAGACAUGCUCGGUGCCUUUUAUUCUCCAUUGGCAAUUCAGUUCAUUCUGCAAAUCAGUCAAUCUUAUGCAGCAUUCAGAUUAGCACUCGAGGAUCAUCCACACAAUUUGAUUCACUCGGCCAUUGGUGGAGAUAUGUCGGGCACGACGACUUCUACCAAUGAUCCCGUUUUUUUCCUACAUCAUCGUAACUUGGAUAGACUAUGGUCGAUUUGGCAAGAUCGAUACCCUGAUCUUGCACUGACAUAUAGUGGUAAUUUAAAUAGCAGUACACCUGAUGCCAACGAUGCAACUGUUGAUGAUACUAUGGACAUGUUUGGUCUUGCGGAAAACGAUUCGGUUUUACAACUAUUAAAUAUCAAGAAUGGGGGAGCUCACGGUCGUAUGUGUUAUCAGUACUCGCCUUCUGUAGCUCCAAAUCCUAUACCGACACCAACAGUUUCCGACGGAAAAUCUAUGGCUAUUCCAAUUAGUUCUGGUAUUUCUACUCAAGGUGAUACUGGAAUAGGAUCCACGGACUCGAACACGGGUCCGAGUCUACAAAAGCGUCGUUUACAGAAACGCAAGCCUUUGCAUGAAUUACUUGACAAGGCAACUUCCAGAUGGCCAAAAGGUGGCAAUGAAACCACUAGUGAUGAGAUUGUUUCAGGGCAUCGUGUAGCAUUGCAUGGCUCGCCCUUUAAUCCAGUCACACCGACUGCGUACGAUCGUGCUGAUUAUUAUAAUUUGCGAGCAGUGGAUCCACUUCCAAAAGAGUUUCUUCAAGCAUGGAUGCAUACUGAUCGAGACAUUGCGCGUAUUCGUAAAUCAGAGACCCAAAUACAACGGUUUAUUGACUUUGUGAAUGCAGCCAAUGGGUUUGUGUCUGAUUACUGUUUGGGUGGUUAUAUGCAGUCAUUCCAGUCUGGAUGGAGCAGCGCAGGAGUUCUUCACGAUGCAUCCCGUGAUAUUGCUGAGCAGCUGUUGGUUCGUGAUGCAGCAAAAAUAAUUGGAUCGCUCGACCGCUUUAAUGAUUGA